AUGCGCGCGGCGGGCGGCGGGCGGCGGGCGGCCGAUCGAUGCCGCAGCACGACCAGGGCGGCGGCGGCGCAGCUCACCUGCCGGCGACGGGCGGACGGGCGGAGCGGCGGCGGGCGGCUCGCCGGCCACGCCGGCGCUAGCGGCGGCGCGGGCGCGGGCGCGGCAUGCGGCGAGCGCGCGGCCGGCGGCGGCUGCAGGCGCGGCGGCGGCGGCGGCGGCGAGGGCUGCACGGGGACGGGCCGCGGUCGGGGCGCGACUGAGCAUCGACCGAACCGCCGACCCGCUCUCCGCCCGCCGCCGCCGCCGCCGCCUCCGCCGCCGCCGCCGUCGCGCAGCCGCACGGCCUCGCGCCUGCGCGCUGCACACGUCCGCCGCCGCCGCCGCCGCCGCCGCCGCCGUCGCACCGCACCGCACCGCACCGCACCGACCGCACCCGCCCCACUGAGCGCUCUUCGAGCCGCGGCCGAGCAUUGUCUUCGUGGUCUCAUCGACUCUUACCUGACAGAAGUACAAGAUACGCUUCAACGAAUAUUAACUUUCAAUUAUCGAUAUAAUAAUAACAGUAACAGUGGGUUUAGACUUUUGUAUUUGGCGCUUGGAUAUCAAGCAAUCAAGAUCUUUUAG